AUCAAUAAAAGACUUGCAUCAUGCCGAGCAGUACGUCUUUGCUGGAGGCUGAUGAGGGAGAGUCCGAAGUCCCACCGCCGCUCCUGCACGCUUUCGCCGGUAUGGGCCUUGACGAGCAUCACGGCGCCCAGAGUCAGACGCUCGAGCAAGCUGACGAGAGCCUCCCCUUUCACCACCUUCCGCUCUCCCAUUUCAGCGUCCUCGGUACGGUCCUCGACUUGAAGCCCUUGCCGCUGCCUCGUCCGCCCUCGGGAGACGAAAUGAACAAAACGGCAGCGGCCGAGGACGAGGAGGAGCCAUUACUUGCAGCCGAUUCCACGGGCUGCACCGGCGCCUCGUUGCUAGCACAGGCCCAUCGCAACCAGCGACGCCCAUCGGGGCCGGUUAGCUCCGGGAUGGAGCACGUCGAGACGGUGUUGUUGUACAACGGAGACGAGCAGGACGAUCCUGCGGUUGGCGGCGCUAGCAUGACGAUGCUAUCGUCCGGCGGGUAUGGAGAGCCGGACUACGGAGAGGCCGAGCCUUCGCUGUUGACUCGGCGAAAGAGCGUAAACACGACCGAGUGUGUGGCCGUACCGAGCUCGGAGCACGUCGCGGAGAUCGUGGGCAGGCAGGGCUGUAAGAUUAAGGCACUUCGAGCCAAGACCAACACCUACAUUAAGACUCCAGUAAGGGGCGAGCAGCCGGUCUUUGUGGUGACGGGGCGUAAAGAAGAUGUGGCCAUGGCUAAAAGGGAGAUCCUGUCUGCAGCUGAGCACUUUUCCCUUAUCAGAGCCUCUCGGAACAGGACGGCCCCUCUGACUGCUGGAGCUGGCCUCGGGACCCCGGCUCUACCUGGACGGACUACCAUUCAGGUGCGGGUGCCAUAUCGUGUUGUUGGGUUGGUCGUGGGUCCCAAAGGAGCAACCAUAAAACGCAUUCAGCAGCAGACUCACACCUACAUUGUGACGCCGAGCCGUGACAAAGAGCCAGUGUUUGAGGUUACGGGCAUGCCGGAAAAUGUGGACCGGGCGAGGGAGGAGAUCGAGGCGCAUAUCGCCCUCCGCACUGGAACCUGCGGGGGCAUUGAGGCUCCAGGUGUAGACAACAAUGACUUUCAGUUCAACGGGACAGAUGUCAGCUUUGAGUCAUCAGCUGGGUUGGGAGAGGCCAGAUGGCUUCACGCAGGUGCAUCAUCACCAGGUGGCAGUAGCUUGCUGCCACUAAACCUCAACGGUACUCAGCGAGUCAAUAGCAAUAUUAAUAGUGGUGUCAGGAUGUCUUCCAACUACCGCAAUGACAGCUCCAGUUCCCUAGGCAGCGGCUCCAGCUCAGCUGAUUCCUUUUAUAGCAGCGGGAAUGGCAACCGAAUGGCAGACGUCAGCCCGACCUGUCCGUUUAAUGCCAAUGCUAACAACAACAGUAAUGGCGGCAGUGCAAGUUUCUGGUUUGGCGAGGCGGGCCUAAUUCCCGUGGGGUCUGAGGAGCUGGUUGGCCUGGGAGUUGGAGGCUCCUCCUCAGGAUUUGAGCCAUUAACCAUUUCCACCGCCCAUUCUUCACAUCCUGCUGCACAACCACACAUCUGGAGCCCCUUUGUGGACCACCAGCCUCUCCAGGCCUUUGAUGCUCUGCAGUCUCAGACAAGUCAGCCCGGGACACCCCGGCUCUCUCCAACCUUCUCUGGGGCCGACGCCUUGGAGCACCCUCAGGCCCAGCGUGUUCACAGAGGGCCGUUUGGCUUGGCUGGGGCCCUCGACACCCACAGGUUCCCCUCGUACAGCUCGGCCUUCUCUUCCUCAAGUGAUAGCACCGCCUCCUCAGCCUCCCCUCCGGAAUCCUAUCAACUGGGGCUCGGAUCAGCGGGGAGGGGACAGGAUUUGUGCGUCCAGUGUAUGAAUAACCAGGCGAUCGCUGCCUUGGUUCCUUGUGGCCAUAACCUCUUCUGUCUAAAUUGUGCCACCGAGAUAUGCCAGGGUCCAGAGGCUGUGUGCCCCGAGUGUCUGUCCCCAGCCACCAGGGCCAUUCAGCUCCGCAAUAUGUGAUUUUUUUUUUUUUUUUUUUUUUGUUUUUUUGUUUUUUCUUUCUUCUUUAUGCUUGAUGAGAGAGAUCAGCCUCCCCGACACUUAUGGUUCAUAUUGUGAGCCAUAAGUGACCCUAAAACUGAUCCCAAGUCAGUGUUUAGGUGCAUCCUCAUUUGGCUUCCUCCAAGCUGGUGAGGAACAGUAGGUGAAUAAGGAAUGAUGUUGAUUUAGGGCAUAGGUUAGGGUGCUGAGCCCGUUCACGUGCCUGGUA